UCACUUUGGGAUAAGUUGGGUUUGAGCUGUGCUGCUAGUCGCACGCAUGUUUGUUAAUGCUCCGUAACUUCCGUUUUCCUUCUUCUAUAGUUACUGAUUUCAAUUUGUGUUCGAUUGUAUGCUGUACGUACUUGACGUAGAACCAGGGCAUUAGUGUGCAUCAGAACAUAAAACAAAAUAUUGGAAAAAAUAAGCUGUUUGCGGUGCGUGUUCGAAACCGAUAGUGACACUUGCGAUGGUGUUUGUAAGCUGAAGUAUAGCGUACGUAGCAAAGUGCCUCCAAAUCCAGACUGAAGUUGGCUGAGUAGAAAAUCUGGUCUGGUUUAGCAGACGGAAAUCGUAUUUGUGUGAUGUGAUGGUAGCCAGUCUGUGUACUGUAAUAUGAGCUAAAUAUCAGUAAAAUUCCCAAUAAUAAUGUGCGCGGAUGAACAAUUACUGAAUGUUUGAAGUUCGAUUGCGGUGAAAAUAUUUUGAAUACUGUUCUUUGGUGGUCAAAGUCACCAAAGUGUAGAGAGCCUUCGACGAUAGAUAUGGUCGCUUGUUUUCAAGGAAUUUUGUCGUUCGCUGAUGUGUGACUUUUUCAUUAUAUUUCUUCGAAAACGAACCAACGGUGCACAGUGGGAUACCGAAAGCUGUUAGCAAGGAAACAUCCCCGGUUGAAGGAAGGCCGGAGUAAUUGGAAUGGUGUGAGAAACGUUUCUACAUAUCAACAAUCAGUUCGCCCGGAGAGCGGCUCCUGUAGCAGUGUUGUACAGCCGAACAGAAAGCGAGAGAAAGAAUUGCCCAGUGUGUGUGUGUUGGCUGAAAGUUCCGAACCAAAUCGACGAUCAUCAAGUAUAUACUCUACUCCGGUGUUGGAUCCCGAGCUCGAGACGUGUUUUAAAUCGGUGUGCUACCAUCAUAAUAAUCAUAAUAAAUUCAUUUUUGACAAGUGAGUGAAUUGGAGUUUUGCUCGCGCACGGCACUCUAAAUAGUGAUUGCUUUGCAGCAUUGAUCUUUAAGAAGAUCACUCGGAAAUGUGUUAUUGAGAGAUUUCUAAGUAUCAUUUUUGUCAAUUGGUACGUUAUUGAUUGUGUGUUGCAACAACGAUUAUCCGAUUGAUGUAAAGUGCUAUGUUUUUCAUCUAUCGGUCAGUGCGGCAGUACCGAGAAUGACGAGAUGGCCUGCGGGCCGAAAAUUUCGCGAUUGUCGCGACCAACUGUCAUGCGAUACCCGGCUGUUGGCUCCAUCGGUCGGCAGUGGGUCCUGGUAUUGUGGCUGAUAUUGACUGGAUUGGGAUUACUGCCGAAUGGUUCAUGCUCGGUCAGCAACAGCUUCUCGAAUCAGUUGCUGUACACCACGUACAUAGACAUCCGGCUGGCGAAUGUGACUAUCCAGCAGAACACCACCUGCUCGGUCGAGAUUCUGGUCAAGGAUCUGAACGAGGCAUCCGCGAUGGACUUCUACCACGAGAGGGGGCUGGUUUGCUUCACCGAGCACAACUCAGAAACGAUUCAGUGCGCCCAGCUAAGAGGAACGGGUGGUUCGCUGCAAGCCGUCAACAAAACUGCUGUGAUAACCAAAGGGUUGGAUAAACCCGAAGGCCUAGCGAUAGAUUGGUAUACCGACAAGCUUUACUGGACCGACGGCGAGACGAAUCGAAUCGAAGUCGCUACGCUGAACGGUAAAUUUCAAAAAGUGUUGAUUUGGAGCGAUCUGGAUCAACCACGUGCCAUAGCUCUAGUACCUGCCAGACGCAUCAUGAUCUGGACCGAUUGGGGCGAAAGUCCGAAAAUUGAACGCGCCAGCAUGGACGGAGAUCCCCAGUCGAGGGUAGCCAUAGUACAGGAUCGAAUAUUCUGGCCCAACGGGCUGGCAGUUGAUCUGGACAAUGAACUGAUCUACUGGGUCGAUGGGAACCUUCAUUUCCUGGACGUAAUGAAUCUGGACGGUAGCAAUCGACGAACUUUAGUGAACAAUCUCGAUUAUCCGUAUAGCCUUACGUUCGCUCCAAACUCUCUUUUCUGGACCGAUUGGCAAGACGGAACUCUGCACUAUUACAACAUUGCCAGUGAAAAACACGAAGAAAUUCUUGAUAGUCCAGUGGUUCCGAUAACCGUUCAUGCAUGGAACUCCCGACUCCAGCCAACCGCAGAUAAUCCUUGUCGACGAAACAAUGGUAAUUGUUCACAUCUGUGUCUGUUGUCUACUAAUAUGGGCGGAUACAGCUGUGCCUGUCCAACGGGGGUUAAGCUUCUAACGACAACACAAUGUGCCGAUGGUCCUCAAGAUAUGCUUUUUGUCGUUCAGCGAACGCAAGUGAGUCGAAUAUCAUUGGACUCUCCGGACUAUACCAGCGUUCAGUUGCAGCUUGGGAAGGUUAGGUAUGCGAUCGCGAUCGAUUACGAUCCAAUAGACAACUAUAUCUACUGGUCGGAUGAGGGAUCGAAUGCCAUCAAAAAAGUUCGUCCAGAUGGAACUGGCAUGAUCGAGAUCGUCAACACAGAAAUUCAAAGUCCGGACGGUUUGGCCGUGGAUUGGCUAGCGCGGAACUUAUACUGGACAGAUACGGGUACAGAUCGAAUACAGGUUUGCCGAUUGGACGGUUCUUUUCGACGGGUAUUGAUUUAUGAGAAUCUAGAGGAACCGAGAGCGAUUGCUCUAGCUCCUACGCUGGGUUGGAUGUUUUGGAGCGAUUGGAGUGAGAAGGAUCCGAAAAUCGAGCGCUCUUCACUGGAUGGGACCGAGCGGGUGCUGAUCGUACAACAGAAUUUGGGAUGGCCCAACGGGAUAGCCCUGGACGUGGAUGCCAGGAAGAUCUACUGGUGCGAUGCUAAGUUGGAUCGAAUUGAGGUUGCCAAUAUGGAUGGUUCCGGCAGAAAUAUCAUUUUAUCGGACAAUCUCCCACACGCUUUUGGAUUGAGUUUGUUGGAAGAUUUUCUGUAUUGGACCGAUUGGCAGCGAAGGUCUAUCGAUCGAGCGAACAAGUUGAAUGGUAAUGAUCGAACGGUAAUCGUCGAAGCAUUUCCAGAUUUGAUGGGGUUAAAGGUAGCGAAGUUACAUGAAAAUAAGGGUUCAAAUCCAUGUGUAGUGAAGAAUGGGGGCUGUUCGCAACUGUGCCUCAAUCGACCGAAGGAUUAUGUCUGUCGAUGUCAAAUUGACUAUGAGUUGGAUCGAGAUAAUCGAACUUGUUUCAUUCCAUCUGCCUUUCUUUUGUUUUCGAGGCAUGAUACUGGAAGUAUUGGGAGAAUCUCGAUUGAUAACCACAACCACACUGAUUAUGCUCCAUUCCGAAGUGUGAUUGACGCUCACUACUUGGACGUCGAUAUAGCCGAUCGUAGAAUCUAUUGGGCAAGCCAGAAGCAGAAACACAUUUCACGAGCGUACAUAAACGGUUCAAACGUGGAAAAAAUAGUUGAAUCUGGAUUGAUACAACCUGAAGGAAUUGCAGUUGAUUGGUUAGCUCAUAAUAUUUACUGGACAGAUUCCGACGCUCGUAGAAUUGAAGUGGCCAGAUUAGAUGGCAGCAGUCGCAGAAUCCUGAUUUGGAAAGGAAUCGAGGAACCAAGGAAUUUGAUCUUAGAACCGCGUCGAGGUCUAAUGUACUGGGCCGAAUGGCCAUCGGAUUCCAUUCGAAGAGCUGUAAUGGACGGUAGUGAACUGAAGACAAUCAUUUCUGGAGCUAACCUUGCAACAGGAUUAACGUUGGAUCCCGAUAGUCGUCGUCUUUAUUGGGCUAGUCAAAGCUCCCCAUCUGCCAUCGAGUCGGCUGACUGGGAUGGUAACAAACGGAAAGUGCUCGUUACGGCAGACAGUGAUAAUCCUUUCGUUCCCCAUGCAGUCACUUUGUACAAAGACUUUGUUUACUGGAGCGAUUGGAACAGUGGUGAAAUCGAGCGUGCAAACAAGACAACCGGUGAAAAUCGAACCAUAGUCCAUGCUAACCUCAAAUAUACAAACUCCCUGUUGGCUUUCCAUCCAAACCGGCAGUCUGGAUCGAAUCAAUGUCGAACGAACAAUGGAGGCUGUACUCAUCUCUGUCUAGCGCUUGGUCAGCGGAAAAUGACAUGUGCAUGCCCUACUCACUAUACGUUGAAUGCCAAUCGAGUUUCUUGCAGUCCGCCAAAGAACUACAUCAUAUUUAGCCAACGAAACUCUUUCGGACGUUUCAUGCCGAACACCACCGACUCCCCGGAUGUUCCCCUUCCGGUCACUGGUAAAAACAUACGAGCGGUGGAGUACGAUGUUCUGACCCGUUACGUGUACUGGAUUGAUGGCCGAGGUCCAAUAAUUCGUCGAGCCUUCGAUAAUGGGACUACAGCAAAAGUGUUUAUCGAUCCAGCUUCCUCGCCAUUCGACAUGGUAAUCGAUCCGGUCGGAAGGUUACUUUUCUGGAGUUGUUCGCACACCAAUACCAUCAAUAUAACAACGUUAGAUGGUGAUAUCGAUCGAAUCGGAAACGUUGACAUUGGCAGUUCGGAAAAACCGCGUAGUCUGGCCCUGCAUCCUACGAAGCGUUUACUAUUCUGGACCGAUGUCGGUCCCGCACAAUCCAUUGUCCGAGCAAAACUGGAUGGAUCGCAACGUAAGGAAUUGGUUUCCAAAUUGGAAGGAAUAACGGCUCUCGCUCUGGAUUCUCAGAUGAAUCGGUUAUUCUACGCACAUGGGAAACGUAUCGAUACGGUGGAUAUUGAGGGAAGAGAAAUCAAAACACUGGUAGCUGAACACAUCAGUCUGGUAUCGUCAAUCGCUGCUCUGAAUGGCUACAUUUACUGGCUGGAUGAACGGCCGGGAAUGGAGCGUAUAUCGGUUCAAGGGGAAAGUCGUCGCACGGAAAUUCAGAAAAUUCCUCACAUAACCGAUAUAGUGGCCGUCUGGACUCCAGAGGGACGAGCGUUGCGCAACCACACAUGCCAUUCGGCAAGGGCCAAGUGUAGUCACAUCUGUAUCGGAUCGCCGGACGAUGCUAGGACAGACGAUAUUUGUGCCUGUCCACAGGGGUUAAUGCUGAUGAAGGAUCGGCGCAGUUGUGGAGCACUACCAGUCUGUGGACCAGAUCACUUCACUUGUGCUGUGACGUUUCCCAGUAACGGACUAGACGGAGACAAUAAUAAGGACUGUAUUCCGGUAUCGUGGCGUUGUGAUGGACAGAAAGAUUGCCCUGAUCGGUCAGAUGAGCUAGAUUGUCCUGCAUGCAGGGCGGAUCAAUUCAAAUGCCAAUCGGGUGAAUGCAUUGAAAAGCACUUUGUUUGUGAUGGAACGACGCAAUGUUUGGAUGGAUAUGACGAGGCAGUUUGCUGUAAAAAUCCCGAAGAUUUUCAAUGUCCAACAAGUAAGGUUUGUAUCUCAUACCAUAAUGUUUGUGAUGGAAAUGAGCAUUGUGCCAACGGCGAGGAUGAAGCACCGGAACUUUGCACGGAAUACAACAACAGGCGCAUGGCUCCCAGUGGAAGCAAGAUUACGAUGUUGAUCGUGGUGGUGAUUGCGGUAGCCAUCGUCUUCAUUGUGGUUUACUUAUUACAGACCUGCAGAUCUAGGUUUGGUUCAGGAUCUUCCGAACCAAAAGAAGACCAAGCAGCAGCUCCACUAUCGCCUGGAGGUAUCAAUAAGAACAUUCGGGUAUCUAAAUUGAGUUCGGUGGCUGAUGCGGUACGCAUGUCAACCUUGAACAGUCGUAACAGUACCAACAGUUACGAUCGUAACCACAUCACAGGUGCUUCCAGUUCCACCACCAACGGAAGCAGCCUCAUUGGUUACCCAUUGAACCCUCCACCAUCGCCAGCGACGACCGCCGGUUCGGCAAGGUACUCCUCUAGUUACAACCCGUACAAGCACUAUAAAAUCAUCAAUCAACCGCCACCGCCAACGCCUUGUUCAACGGAUGUUUGCGACGAAAGCGACUCCAACUACACCUGCAAGAGCGGACGUAGUCGCGAUCGGAUCGGCAUGACCAGUGGCAGCUUGGGCGGUGGUGGCACCAGCAGUAGUAGCGGACGCGGUGGUGUCAAGUAUAAGAACCACAACAGCGAUCGGUACGAUUCCGAACCAUAUCCACCACCUCCAACUCCUCGUUCGCACUACCACAGCGAUGUCGGUGGAAUGUUACCCGAAAGCUGUCCGCCAUCGCCGAGCUCACGGAGUUCGACGUACUUUUCGCCACUACCUCCGCCGCCUUCACCGGUGCCGUCGCCUUCUAGGGGAUACUCUUAGCCAAGUAGGUUGUUCUAGGUUAAGUGUUUGACAAAUUUGAGAAUCGCUGAUUGAGUAUUUUUAGAGGUUUAGCUAAAUGUCGUAGCUAAUGCAGCAUCUACAAAAACUUUCUGUAGCACUUUGAAUGACUUAAAGUGUGUAAAUAUUUAAUUAUAUCGGUUUCAAAGUUUAUUUUCGCAAUAUUAGACCAGUAGGAGCAGUUUUGUUGCCGAAAAUAUUUAAACAUAAUAAAAACGGUAUUGUACAUUCGAUGUUUUAUUUGUAAAUCUUACAAUGUUGUAGGCAUAUUUGUAGUAGUUUACAAAUUGUAUUUUCUUGAUUUUACUGUCGAAUGUGAUUGAGUGCUAUUUAAUUGGAAACAUUCAUACAUGAUCAGGAGCUAUAUUGAUUUCAUUUUGACGUAUCGAUCAUAAUUUCGAGCGAAAUAAAAUAUAUGUACAAUAAAACAUGUUUCGUCUUCCAACGUGUCAAAAACCUAGCAAAACAUUUCGUCAAUAGAAACGUUAUACUAUAAGAAAAAGUGCCUUAUUUUUUACAUAUACGAAAGAAGAAAGUUAAACUUAAGCUCUCCGAUUCGAAAUAAUGAAAUAAACAAAACAGUUGCUUGAAGUAAAACUUAGUGGAGACAACAAAAUUAAUUAGUUAUUGUUCAGUUGUAAAUAGUCAUGCAAACAUGAAACGUUAAACUCAUGAUUUCAAAGCAGCCACUAGACUUCUUCCAGUUAUUCGAAGAACCAGUUUGAGCAAUAAAGAGCACAUUUCUCACUUAUGCUCAACAUACCUAUGGCAAGAGUCAACAAUCAUCGGCUAGUUUAAAAUCGUAUUCAUAGCUUUAGUUUUCAAUAGUUGUAGGUUUGAUUGUCACUGACCCUCGCAAUAAUUGUGUGUUGUAUUAUAAAUAGUUUAGUAUCCAUGCUCGAGCGGUAGAUGAGUUACAAGUAUGUCUCACGUGAGAAAUGUGCUCAAAAGACUGAUUUAAGAUGUGUAAAUUAUUGCAGGAUAUAAAGUUUUCACUAGUUGUAAAAAUAGCAUUAGUAUGUAAACUGCUUGUAUUUGCCAGUGGUAUCCGCAUAGUGCAACGCAAACUGAUGCCUCUUCUCAUGAGCUUAAAUUACAUUCAGAGAAAUUAUAUCUAAAGAGUAGAUAAAACAGAAUUAUAGUUUAAAAAUUGUUGUACAAAAUACACAAAUAAAUUUUAUAUUGUUCGGA